AUGUCAAGAAUUCAUAGAUGUAAGAUCUGAUUCCAAAUUAUUGAUAAAUCAUGAGGAUACUGCCAUAGCCACUCCGAAAGUGUCCUCAUCCAGAGAGAACCAGAUAGUGAUUGAUGACAGAUUUGGCAAAUCGAAACCAAUAGUUUGGAGACAAGUGAAAGACUUGAAAAGAUGGAAGGAGAAACAAGGAUCCGCAAAAUUGAGACAUCUCUUCUCAAAUACGAAGAAUCUUUUGACAAAAUUCUAUUAGCUAAUGCUUUUAGCAGGAUAAAUAUGCGGUAUCCUUAUCAAAGUCGGGACCUGUAAUAUGUUCGUAACAACAAUACACCCCACAAGCUGUUUUCAAACAGUUCAAAACCUUGAGAAUUCCCAGGAUCCAACAUUUGCCAGCUAAAAUAUCUCCAAAGAGGAAGAAGAGAUUGUAUGGAAUAUCUGUCCAAGCUAAAACACCAGACUAAAUCUCUAACUAUGAGAUCUGAGGACAAGAUUUGUAGGCUAAGCUGGUUGUUUCCACUUAUAGUCAGGAACUGGGCAACCUUAUUAAUCUUGAAAUUACCUGGUUUAGAAUUACUACGGCUGAGUAAAGAGACUUCUAAAGUCUGCUCACCUAAUGAAAUCUGUAUAGUUUUAAUCAAUGCAGGAUCCUGUCUGACGAACCAUCAAAAUGUUGCUUAUCCAGUCCUGGCAGAGAUAUUGAUAGAAUAAAUCUCUAUGCACGUGCAUUUUCCAAGUAACUGAAGAGACCUUAUUAUUCAUCUUGUCAGAGUGGUACCUAGAUGUGCCAAUCUCAGCAAAUAAUUUGAGGCUUAAAUAAGCUCAAUGCCAAGCGAUAAAAUCCUUUUUUAUCGCAGCCCUAGAUAUAUAUUUUACUAAGAUAAUUAUAAGCUGAAGCCUUUAUUCUAGCGGGAUUGUUUUUAGACAAGUUGAGGAAUAUCUCAGAUGCAUUUUUAGAUGUCCUAAAGUAUCAGUAAUCAUCCCAAUUCUUCAAACUACGCUUGCAAUGCAAGAUUGAUAGCCUUCCUGUG